AUGUCCCGGGACGCGUUUGUGGAGCUCUUCAGCAGCUUUGUCCACGAAGCGCAGUCAAGCGUGGGCUUUGACACGCCUGGCGCCAGCGUGCUCUUAGCAAAGGCGCGCGUCGCCCUCGAGCCGCUCCGCGCUACCUGCCACGAGGCUGCGGACGACGUAACGCAGCUCGAGCAGCGUCUCGCGCACCGACUCGCACACGACGGCGACGAUCGGCGCCGCUUCUUGGCCAUGGACCGGCAAGGGACCGGCUUUCUCAGCUACGAGGACUUUCAGCGCGCCCUCGACCGGCUCAACAUGCCAACCGAGCCCGUGACCGUGGCCCGGCUACUACUCAAGUACGACCGUAGCGGUCGUGGCCACGUCAAUUACACGAGUUUUCUGCGGUUUCGCCACCUCUCUGAUGCGCCCGUCUCGACAGCGCACGCUGCGCAGGCUCAAGUGCUCGCAUGUCCGUCGGCCGACGACCUCGCAGAGCUCGAGCGCUGGCGCCACGAGCGCGCCAUGGCCCGUCUCCGCACCAAGCUCUACGAAAAAAGCACGUCGUUGCGUCAGCUGUACCUGCACCUGGACAAAGACCGAUUCGGCGCCCUUACCAUCGACGAGCUCCACGACGGCUUGGCCUCCAUGGGGAUUCUUCUCGCCAAGCCAGAGCUGGACUCGAUUGCAGCGCACUGUCCUAGCCGGCACGGCUUGCUCUCUCUCGCCGAAUUUUGCCGGCUCGUCGAUACCCUCCCAGACGAGGCACCGAAAGGCGACUUCUGGCCUCCGCGCCUCCAGCCGCCCACGCCCACGCCUGCGACUCGUGACGAGGUCCAGCACACAAUUGCGCUGGACGACGUCGAUGCGAUACGCUUGCCCUUGGUCGCGGACCUUGUCGCUGACGGCAAGACGGCGCGCGCCCUCUUUGUCUCGCUCUGCGAUCCGCAAGCGCAUGCGAUCACCGUCCACUCGUUGGAGCUUGCGCUCGCGCGGCGGCAGCUGCACAUACCGCCCCGAGAGGCGCUCGUGCGCCUUCUGAGUGCGUACGAUAAGACGGGCACCGGAUCCCUCGCGCUGCACGAAUUCUUGCCGUUGCUGCACCCGUAG